CUCUGGUCCAAUAAGCAUGGGCUAGUGAACCAGCGUUGAGGCAGUGAGACUCAAACUUUAUCCUGUUGCGCGGACACUACUGAAGCAGCAUGUCGUGGCUCUUCGGUUGGAGGAAGGGCUCUGGGUCUCCGCAGGUGGUGGAGGAGCAGGCUGCUCCUGCUGAGGAGACCGGUGGAGCACCGGGAGGUCCGGGGGAAGACAAACCCGGGGAUAAGUGGAGUAACUUUGACCCGACGGGGCUGGAGAGAGCCGCAAAAGCGGCAAGGGAGCUCGACAAAUCACGACAUGCUAAAGAAGCUCUGGAUAUGGCUCAUAUGCAGGAGCAGACACUACAGCUGGAGCAUCAGAGUAAAAUGAAGGAAUAUGAGGCGGCUCUGGAGCAGCUGAAGGGCGAACAGAUCCAACUCCAGGGGGAGGAGAGACGGAAAACACUAGCAGAGGAAACAAAACAAAACCAAGCAAGGGCACAAUAUCAAGACAAACUCGCCAGACAGAGGUAUGAUGAUCAGCUCAGGCAACAGCAAUUCCUCAAUGAGGACAACCUUCGCAAACAGGAGGAGUCUGUUAUGAAGCAGGAGGCCAUGAGGAAAGCUACCAUUGAACAUGAAAUGGAGCUGAGACAUAAGAAUGACCUGCUGCGGGUUGAAGCGGAGGCCAAAGCUCGUGCCCAGGUGGAGCGGGAGAACGCAGACCUGAUCAGGGAACAGAUCCGCCUGAAAGCUGCCGAACACAGACAAACUGUCCUUGAAUCUAUAAGGACGGCGGGAGCAGUGUUUGGGGAAGGAUUCAGGGCUUUCGUCUCAGACUGGGACAAACUCACCGCCACGGUUGCUGGGUUGACUCUGUUGGCAGCAGGAGUGUACUCUGCCAGGAAUGCCACGGCAGUGGCCGGGCGCUACAUAGAGGCUCGUCUGGGCAAACCGUCACUGGUCCGAGAGACCUCCAGGUUAACAGUUGCAGAGGCUGUCAAACACCCAAUCAAGACAGCUAAGUGUUUGAGAAGCAGACCGGAGGAUGCCUUAGAGGGCGUGGUGCUCAGUCCAGCUUUGGAGGAGCGUGUGAGGGACAUUGCCAUUGCCACUUGUAACACCAAACAGAACAAAGGCCUGUACAGGAACAUCCUGAUGUAUGGACCCCCUGGAACUGGAAAAACACUCUUUGCUAAGAAACUGGCUCUCCAUUCAGGAAUGGACUAUGCCAUCAUGACAGGUGGGGACGUGGCACCCAUGGGGCGCGAUGGAGUCACUGCCAUGCACAAAGUGUUUGACUGGGCCAGCACCAGCAGGCGAGGCCUUCUGCUGUUUGUAGAUGAAGCUGAUGCCUUCCUGCGUAAGAGAGCCACAGAGAAAAUCAGCGAAGACCUCAGAGCUACCCUCAAUGCGUUCUUGUAUCGCACUGGGGAGCAGAGCAACAAGUUCAUGCUGGUGCUUGCCAGUAACCAGCCGGAACAGUUUGACUGGGCUAUUAACGACCGCAUCGACGAGAUAGUAAACUUUGCAUUACCAGGUCUGGAGGAGAGGGAGAGAUUGGUGCGCCUGUAUUUCGACAAAUUUGUGCUGGGUCCUGCCACUACAGGGAGACAACGAUUAAAGCUGGCUCAGUUUGACUAUGGACAGAAGUGUUCAGACAUUGCAAAGCAAGCUGAGGGCAUGUCUGGUCGUGAAAUCUCCAAACUCGGUGUGGCCUGGCAGGCUGCCGCCUACUCUUCUGAAGAUGGAGUUUUGACCGAAGCGAUGCUUGACUCAAGAGUUGAUGAUGCCAUCAAGCAGCAUGCACAGAAAAUGAACUGGCUGCUGAUGGAAGCAGGUGAGGGGGUUGGCAAGGUCGGCAUACUCCUCCCUAAGGAAAUGGCUGCAGGAGUUACAGCGCAGGAAACUGCUUCACUUGCACAAAUCGAAGAUACAACCCCAAACGUACAACAAGUCCUUCCACUGCUCGAGGUUGUGAGCAGUGCUGCCCAGGCAGAAGCAGCCCCUCCACCUUCUGAGGUGGAAGCAGAUGUUAUCCUCAAAGAGGCCGCCGCUUUGGUUAAAGAGAAUGAAGUUGUUGCUGCAGCAGCUGUAGGAACUCCAACCCUGAAUGAAUCAGAACCAGCUGAAACCAUCGUUGAGACAGCUGCUGCAGUGCCAUUGGUGCAGGAAGUUGAGACCAUCAAGGACCUGACUGAAGAUACUGUGGCCAAAGACACUGUUGUCCCUGAGGUGAAGGAUAUCGUCACUGAGGUUAGAGAGAGCGAGGGCAAACCAGCUUCCACCGCACAAGAAACUGAUGUUGUGACUAAAGAAGAGCCAACUAUUGAUGUAGUGCAAGAGACAGAGGCCACAGAAGUACUCAAAGAGGAAACUGAUGCUGCAGCACACUUGGAAAAGACAGCCUCUGCUGUUGGUGCUCUGGAGAAGGAGUUAGACGUUGUUGUUUCUAAUAUUAUCCAGGUGCCAGAGCCUCCAGUAGCCGGACUCUCACAGGAGACUGUGGUCCAGGAAAAGGAGUCAGCAGCCACUUCUGUUGAUGGUGUAGAAACUGAAGCCACUAAGACUCCUGAAGAACUACCAACUGUUGCUGCAGAAGUGGUGGAAAUUGCAAACAAUGUAGCUCAAAUGACUGAGUCCUUGGUAAAUGUCGUAAAAGAGGCUGAAGCAAUAGCUACUGAUGUGGUUAAGGUGGCUGAUGCUGUAGCAACCAUUGCAGAAGAGAUGGAGGCAGUAGUCAUAAAGGAGGCGAAAGUGAUGGAAAGUGAUGCUGUCAAGGAUGCAAAUGAGGUUGUAGUGGAGACUGAGCCUGAAACAUCAGAGGUUACUCAAGAGGUAGUGACAGAGGUGGUCAAGGAACCUGCAACAACUGAGACUGCUUCCAAGGUAGUUGAAGUCAUCCCAACAGAGCAGGACCCCAAGGAGACUCAGACUACUGCCACACAGUUGACCCCAGAGGCUGAGACUUUGGCUACUGAGAUUGUAAAAGACCCUCUAACCACAGAUAUUAAUGCCACAGAGGCAGAAGUCAUCCCAGCGGGGUUGGCAAGGAAGCAGAAGUCCUAUUGACUGAAGUAAUCCAGACCGAAACUGCCAUAGAAAGCGAAGCCUCAGCUUCAGAGGUAGUAAAUGAGGUUCAGACAGCAGCUGCAGACUCUGCUACGGAGACUCUGACCACAGGAAUUGACAAAGAGCCUUCAUCUACAGAGACUGCUGCCAAGGAAGCUGAAGUCACCCCAGCAGAGGUCUCCAAGGAGGCAGAGGUCCUGCCAACCAAGGAGGGUGACACGGUUGCCACAGAAGAUGUGAAACCAACUGAGACUACUGAGGCUGCUGCCAAGGAAGCAGAGGCAAAACUGGUAGAGACUGUAAAGGAGGUAGAGACUGUGGUAAACAAAGUCUCUGAUGGAAAGGACUCAGCAGAUGUUCCCAACAUAGAAACAAAGACUGAUACAGAGUCUGCUGUGCCAGAACCUACUGAGAAACUCAAGAGUCCAACCACCGAGAAGUCAGCUUCUCUCUGCACAGAAGAAGCUGAACCCAGUCAAACUGAGAAGCCUGGAGAUGCCGACAAUGAACCACAACCCAAGUCUAGUUCAACGAAAUGAUCACUCAGCUGCUUUUAAACAGCUUCAGUUUCUAUUCACAUUAAAUUCAGUCCACUCCUCUAUCACCAUGUCUCUAACUCAGUUACUAUGAGUGGCAUGAUUAAGAUAAUAGUUUGAUUAUGGCCUGUGGGUUUGCAGGGGUCUGAGUAAAAGGAUGUGUGGACCGCUUGGCUCUGCCGACUGUCACGUUCUGCUUCAUUUCCCUUCUCUCUUCUGAUUGUCAUUGCCAUUUUCAAAGCCUGUGGCCGUAUGACAUUUUGAAUUUUUUUCCCUCUAACAGUUCUAACAAGUUCAGACCUUCACUUGGAGAUGUUCUUUAGGUCUGACAAUGGGAAGCAGUCACAUUUUACAUCGGGUGCUUGACAUUUGUUUUGUCCACUACUGCUAGCCAUACAGGUGUUUUACAGAGUGGCUGAGAUCCAGGUGGCUGUGUGACAGUCAGAUGUAGUUUAUAUGAGUGUUAAAAUGAUUAUUUGACCAAUCAAUAGAAAGCUGCAGGAAUGAGUCCUAAAACACAGAAGUAAGUAACUUAGCAUGUUACCACUUCCUGUUCCCUUGUCCCAGAGUCAAUGGGUUUUUGGUUAAAUGUGUGAAAUACGCUCAAGAGAUUUUCUUGGUUUAUUCUAUGACAUAAAAUCCAUCAGUAAAUCCUGCACUCCUGAUGUUUGAAGCUUUUACGUGUCUUAAAAAAGGCGACCACUAACAAGUGUCUAAAUGAGAUGAAAUGAUUGGGGACGUUAACAUGAAAACCGAUCUCACCAGUCCUCCUUUACAGUCUCUUUGUGUUUCUACUCACAGUCUUUUAAACGAUCAGUAACUUUCUAAGAAGAAAGGAUUUUGUAGAAGAGGUCAGAGCUAAAUGAUAAAUUGGAAGCUUAGUGGUGGAGAUGUUGAUGUCAUGUGACCACAGUGUAGUUGGUUUAUAGCCUAACAUUAGCUUUUUACUUCUGGAGAUUGGAUUUAGGUUUCAGACAUCAGUGGUGUUCAUCUGUGAAGAUUAUCUGAUGAACUAAACCUGUAAGGACCAGAAACUUUGGUUGGUCACAGUUUAUUUUCUGUAAUAAUCCAAAACCCAAUGAAAACAUCUCAUUGGCUUUUUGUGGAGGGAAACAGGGUGAUGCUAAGUUCAGGGUCGGACUACAGAAAUGCGUGCGUGCGGGUUGGACAAUUAAAACAAUUUAAACAUGUCAGCUUAGACUUUAGAAAAUUGUUAUGCUUGACUCUUCAGCUGUAGAUUAUAUAUUCAAAGAAUAACUGACUUCAUAGGCAGUAUUUAUGACCAUACAGAGGACAGAGGAUACCAAACCAAGGUGAAAAUAUUCUUUUAAAUGCCCUCUCUGCCUCUGGAUCGUGUCACAUUGUACAACUGAAUGAUAAUGGGCUUUUCUCAGUAGCAUCAGGAUGUCAUUGGCAUUGUUAGUCAUUUCAGAAGUGUUGUUAGUCAGUGCUUAUGAAAUUUCUAUGUGAAUUACAAUAAACAGAAGUGAAGUUGUCAGCAGGACCUCUCUGUAUAAUCUGUCUGUUGUUGGUGCUCUGGAAUAACCUCUGUGAGAAUGUGUUCUCAUCUUCACUCAUAUGAUUGGAAUGACACAAUCAAACAUCAGAGGUCACUGUUGUGCUUCAAUGGCACUUUUAAUAAAACAGACAUUUCAUCCUCACAACAGCAAUGUCUGGACAGAGAGGGUGAGGGGGGGGCUGGGUGAGGGUUCCCUCUGCUGAUAGGCUGGUUGCUUCUGAUAAGUGAGAGGGAAUUGGAUAAAGAAAAUUGAACUCGGCUGUUGAGCACAGUGUGGGGAAGAUGGAGGUGUGUGUGUUUGUGUGUGUGUGUGUGUGUGUGUGUGUGUGUGUUUCUGUGUGUGUAUGUAUGUAUGUGCAAUGAACUGACUCAUCUUGGCUGGCAUUUAUUUCUCCUCUCGUGUCUUCUAAAGAAUGAUAAUAUAGCGAAGAGAACCCUGACCACAACUAUACACGCUCCCCUCCCCCUCACAUAUUUACAGAAAAAAUUAAUACAUUCAGUUAAUUCACUAAGUAACAAAGCUAAUUAAUCUGUGUUUUUAGCAGAAAUCACAUGGUUUCACAUCCAGUUUUCAAACAGACUCAUCUUUCUGUUCCAUUCUUAUAAUCUUUACCCACACAGUCCAUCAUUAGGUUUUCUAUUGAUAACCGACUCACACAAAAAUCCCCCCACACACCCCCUCUAUAAGACUGUUAAAUCCCACUUGCCCAUAUUUAUAACUAUUUACAGAAGCAGCAAUCUAACUAUCACAAAAACCCACCCACCCACCAGUCUCGUUUGCCCCUCCCCACACCAACAAAGUCCCCCUCCCACCCGAUAGAGAAAAAAAAAAUCAUGACACCCGUCUUGCCGCCCCGUUCCAUACACUGCCCACAUCUUACCCUGUUCUAAAAGAGCAUGCCAAGUUUAACAAUGAACACAGAAAAUGUCUCUAUACAGAAAAAACACCCUUAAAAAUGUUUUUUUUUUUUUUUUCCUUUCCUCCUCCCACAAUGGUGGACAUGGACAUAAGACAAGAUUUCAGUGGCAACAAAUAAUCGUCAUCUUGCUUCAUUUUGGGAUUUUUUUUUUUUUUUUUUUUUGGUGCUUACAGGGGCCAGGUUUAGUCAUAAGAAAGUCCUGUCGUGGGGAUUUAAGGGGGCCAUGUUAUGAACAGUGGGAGGGCAGUUUUCCAGGGUCUCUGAGGCAAUAGUUGGCCAAGGGCAAUUUGGGAAGGAA